AUGGCUUCCCCCAAGCCAGAAAACAAGCCUACGGGAUCUGCGCCUCGCGUUAUCCCAAAGUUCUCCAGUUUCAAACCAUUAGCGAAGGUCGUAACAGAGGAGCCCGAACCGGCUCCAAGCCGGGCUGGAGGAGAGCAUUCUAAACGUGACAGAAGGGAGAGGGGCCAUAGGCGUCGGUCGCGCUCAAGAAGCCGAGAGCGGAACCGGGAUAGGGAUAGUGAUGGGCGAAGAGAAAGGAACAAAGAGAGAAACCGCGAGGAGGGGAGGGACAGGUAUAGACAUCAAGGAUCUGAUCACCGCCGCCGCAGUGAGAAAAGCAGCAGGCGCGAAAAGCCUAGAUCACCGACGAGAACAACUGCUGUCGCUACUGGCAGGUCGCGUCCCCCAUCUCCGGAGGUGGCUUCUCAGAGGGCAUUCUAUACAGAUACCCGUGGUGAUCCCGAUAAUGUCACCUAUGGCUCUAUCCACAGAUAUUCUAUCCCGGACUACCGCCGUCGAGGGGGCGGAAGUGUGCUCGGACUAUCGCCGGGGAUUCGGAUUGAUCGAGAAAAGGGCGAUGGCAAAGGCUUGGUGUUGCAAGAGCGGGAGAGACGAAGUGGGACAAACACGCGGAAACUCUUUGCUGCGCUUGAGAGUGGAGUGAGGGUGUUAAGGAUUAAAAAAGAUGGGGGGGAUUCAACAAUUAAGGUCUUUGAAAGUGGGAUGGAUUUUGUACCGCUUUUCGGUAGUGGCAGAGGAAGAAAGCGUGGGAUCACCGACUUUGAGCAGGAAGAGUCUGAAAGGGAGGAUAACCACUACCGUUCUCUCGAAGGGCUAAAAAAGCUGGGGGAGAAUCCUGAAGACAGAGACUUGGAGUACGCGUCCGCUUCAGGGUCUGAGGGUGAUUAUGUUACUGCAGAGGGAUGGGACAAUAGGCAAAAAACAGUGGAGCUGGCCCGGAAAGUAGAUGCAGCGCCAGGGAAUGUCAGUGCAUGGCUGGACUACGUAAAUCAUCAGGAUACGUUACUUGCGUCUACUGGAAGAAGGACAACAAUGGCAGAACGGAAGAGCACAGCGGAGGUGAAACUGGAUAUUCUGGGGAAGGCCUUGGAAAAAUGUCCUGGUAACGAGGAGUUACUGGUGAAGUAUAUGGAUAUUGCUCAGGUGGUUUGGGACUCGCGGAAGAUGAUGACGAAAUGGCAACAGAUGCUGAAGGAGAACCCGACCGCCAUUGGCCUAUGGACAAAAUACAUCAAUUUCCGGCAAACCGAUUUCCUCAGUUUCACAUACUCGGAGUGUGUGGGAUGUUUUAGCGAAUGCCUCGCCACGCUAAGGGGCGCUGCCGUGAAGGCCGUUGAUAAAAGUGAGGAUAAAGAAAAGAUUGAGGAGAUUAUCUUACACGUUUUUCUCAGAACUGCGCUCUUGAUGAAAGAGGCUGGAUUUGUUGAGAAUGCGAUUGCUGCAUUCCAGCUGAUGAUCGAACUAAAUUUCUUUUCCCCACCUCAAAUAACAGCUCCGGGGUCCCUCAGCGAGCAUGAGGAGGUUCUCGAGCUACUGGAUACUUUCUGGGAUAGCGAGGUCUUGCGUGUUGGGGAGAUGGGCGCUGAAGGGUGGCUUUCAUUCGUGCAGUUAGGUGGCAAAGGAAAGGCUCCAGAAGCCGGGAAAGGAGCAGUUUCGCCGGAUUCAUUGGAUACUCGCAACCCGUUUGGAUCGUGGAUAGCAGCAGAGGAAGGACGAAUGGAGAUCCCCAAGAUGCCUUCUAGGACAAUGGAUGAAGUGGAGGAAGAUGAUCCUUAUCGUGUUGUGCUAUUCUCAGAUCUAAGGGAAUUUAUGUUCUUUUUUGCGAGUGAAGCUGUUAAGCAGAAACUGAUCGAUGCUUUUUUGAUAUUUUCAGGCUUGAGGCCGCUCUAUGAGGGGGUGCGCAUGUCUUCAGGGGGGGCGGAAGCUACAGAUAUCUUCUUGAGAAAUGAACUAGGACAUACGACGGAUGAGUGUCUUGGGAGGUGGUUCUGGCCCGAGAGCGAGGGGCAUAAUAAUGAGUCGAUAGGAUGGGGGGGUAUGGAGCCGGAGAAGAAAGCACUAUUCGGGGAGAGGCCAUUCCAAUUUAGCUUGCGGAAUUUCCCUCUGAGUGAGGAGAUGCUGUUUGCUAAGUCUGAGUAUUGGGUGUCAGCAAUCGAUGACCUAGGGGGCUUGAAGGGGGGAAAUAUCGAGUUUGUGGGAAAUGUACUGAAGAUGUUGGUCGCCCAACUGAGCGAUGAGCAACUGGCAUUGUAUUUCCUGGCUUGGACAUGGAAGAACCGUCCCUCUAGUGUUAAAAAGGUAGCAAAAGGACUUUUGAAGAAGUUUCGUACUAGUUUGUUACUUUGGAAUGGCUACGCUCAGAUCGAAUGGAGGGCUGGUAGUACCGACAGUGCAAGGAACAUUUUCUCUACGGCACUAGGGAUGAGUGCGGAUUUUCCUGAAGCAACUCGCCAGGAUUCAAUAUUUCUAUGGAGGACCUGGGUGUGGGAGGAACUCAUGCAUGGUGAUGUUUCGCGAGCGGUCCGUGUGCUUUUAUCGAUUGAUACUGGGAGGCUAUUGAUAGAUGGAGAUGAUGAGUUGAAUUCACGUGGGCUUCCAUCGGCCUUAGUGCUGAAGGCUCGAAGGCAUUUGGAGGACUCAAAAGGGUUGAUGCUUUCUCUCGGCCGUGUCAACCAUGCAAUCGCCUUUGUCGAAACGAGGGCCCUACUUGAGUACCUUGUUUCUAAUCGAGAAGUGGCGGCAUCGUUGCCAAUAUAUGCCGACUUCCUUUCCGAGCUUGAUAGACGCGGUCUGUGCGGUCCAAAUUCGGCAGUUCAUGAAAGGUGUUUGAUGACAGAAGCGAGGUUACUAUACUAUCACUCAAGUACCUCACGACUAUUCAAAAUUAAGACCAUGAGAGACUUUCUUAAUAACUCUCUGCAAAUGUUUCCGAAUAAUUCUGUUUUUUUGGAAUUGUUCGUUCGGAACGAGGCAAAGACCAAAAUAGAAAACAGGACCAGGAUGCUCAUGCGAGAUGUAGUAUUAAAGGAAGGGUCAGAGACAAUCCUGGGAUAUGGCUUUGCUAUAUGGGCAGAAAUGCGAAUGAUAGGCGCAGGCGGGCGUUACAAUCCCCACGCUGUUCGAGCUUUGUUCGAACAGGCAGUGGAAACCGACAGGACAAAAUAUAAUUUCGGUUUGUGGGCGAUAUACGUGGGGUUUGAAAUCCAAGAGAGAGAAUUGAAGAGGGCCAAAGAGGUGCUCUUCAGGGGUAUUAGGAAUUGUCCAUGGUCGAAAGACUUACUUCUCUUGGCCUUUCAACGGUUACGCACAGUGUUGACCUAUGAAGAGAUGCGAAAGCUGCUUUCGAUCGUUUCCUCAGAGAAGGAACUACGGGUUCACGACGCCACAGAGCUGGAGGAUUAUAUUGACGGGUUGACGGACGAGCAGCGAAGCAAACUUGGGGGGACUGAAGCGGAGGGGCUUCGGUUUCUUCAAUUGCCCAGUGAUGCGUCAGAUGGGGAGAUGGGAGAUUAAUCUAGCCAAUGAUGGGAGGUUUCUGCUGAUUCUGAAUCACUAUCAAAAUUGAAUAACCUA